AUGCAAAAUGUUACAAUAUUAUUAGACGUUCAAAAAAGUCCUUCGUCGCUCGCGGUCGACCGCCGCUCCGCUCGCCAAGAGGUCGACUUGUAGCAAGUCUACAAUUUUAGCAACAUCUUUUUCGCAGGUAUUUUUUUUUUUUGCACAAAUGACGUCAUGUUUCGUGCAUUAUGAUGCCAUCUAUUAUCUCCUCCCCGUCAAUUCUCUAUUUGAAGAUGUGGGGGGUUGACAGCCCUAUAUUAGGUCAAUUUAUACAUACUGAAAAGCUUGCGUAUUUUGUAACAGUGUUUUGAGUCGUUCUGCCGAUCAUGAAACAGUCAUAUAUUAAGUAUGACCAGAAACUCACAAGGGGUUGAACAACCCCUUAUGAGUUUCUGGUAUGACCUACUGACAUAUGUGUAAAUCUCUGAUCAAUGAACAGAAUGAAUUCUGAACGCAAGGCUCAGGGCUGAAGGUGGAAUUCAGCCGGACUUAUUAGAAUGAUGUAUUUUUAUCUUCCUUAGUGUUUUGAAAGCGAUGGAUAUUGAAGAGAGAUUAUGCGAUUUAUUGAAUGGUUAGAAAAAAAGUGUUAAAACUAUUAAGAUAUUGUAUGUCCCGCGCUUAAGUCCAGCGCGUUUCUCCUUCUCUUCCGAGAGGGACUGGAGAUACUUCAAUAAGUUCAUCAUGGCGGCCAGUGUAAGUUUGAGAGAUGCUAAGGAGGCCCUCAAGAAAUACCUCCCUUACAGUGGUUUAGCAGGUUACUCUGUGUUAGCUCUUCAUUCAGUGAAAGUCUACCCUGAAGAACUUAUUAUCAGCAAAGAUUCGAGGGCAGUUAUUUUUCAUGGAGCCUUAGUUUUGUCCGGAGUGGGCUUGAGCACCUAUAUGUAUACCAGACCUGUGUUUGAUGUGAUGCAGCCGCCCCAGAAAAAACGUGUUUUAUGGAGCUUGUUUGGUUCAUGGAUGUUCAAUUUUGGUUCGUUGUUGCUAUGGGCGAUAUGUAAAGAGAUCUUCCCGAAGAAUAAGGUGUUACGGGCUUUUGUAGCCUUGUCUUCAAGUGCUGGGCUUGUUUACAUUGCCAAAGAUUAUCUACACGCGGUAGACGCGCUUCGAUGGGGGGUCAUCGCCGAACGUACUGAAGGUGGACAAGAGCUUUGA